AUGAGCGAUCUGCAAAAGUCCUUCGCCAAAUCGAAACUAUCCAAACUCCCGCCAGAGCCCCGUCCCAUUCCCGAGGACGAGGAAGGCGACUCAGCUUCUUCAACGGAGACGGUGACCCCAUCACCAACCAAACAGUUAUUCGCUCGGCCGGGAGGAACCCGAGGGCCGCAAAACUCCCUAGAGUGGACCAGCUUCUUCGACCAAGAGCUCUACCUCCCGCGACAAAUCAACGAUUUGGACAUAGUGCAUCAUGUAUACCUUACCCCACCGACAAAAUCCGGUCCUCUUUUUGUAAUGCACCAUGGCGCGGGCUCUUCUGGUCUCUCAUUUGCGGCUUGCGCUGUGGAGAUCCGCAAGAUCCUCCCUGAUGCUGGAAUACUCUCUGCAGAUACCCGCGAUCACGGAAGUACAUCCGUGACAAGAGCGAGUGAGGAUGGGGACGCAGAUCCGGCAAAGGCACAACUUGAUCUGAGCUUGGACACGCUAAGCCAGGAUCUUCUCUUCGUCAUUCGUGAAACGCAGGUUAAAAUGGGAUGGGAGACUCUGCCGGACAUAGUCCUUGUCGGACAUAGUCUGGGAGGCGCAGUAAUCACCGAUGUCGCGAAGAAAGGCGAGUUGGGCGCAAAGUUAUUGGCAUACGCUGUUUUGGACGUUGUCGAAGGCUCCGCAAUGGAUGCUCUCCAGAGCAUGGAGACGUACCUCUCGACUCGGCCAUCCCGCUUUCCCUCCCUGCCCUCGGGGAUAGAAUGGCACACACGCUCGCGAACAAUCCGCAACAGAACCUCAGCCCGCGUCUCCGUCCCAUCCCUCCUGUACCACGAAGAGGUUCCCCAGGACCCAUCAAAACCGUGGGUCUGGCGAACCAACCUCGCCGAAACAAAGCCAUUCUGGGAAGAUUGGUUCAUUGGGCUGAGCCGCAAGUUUCUUGAAGCGCGAGGGGGGAAGCUACUCCUUCUUGCUGGGACCGAUAGGCUGGAUAAAGAGUUGAUGAUUGGCCAGAUGCAAGGUAAAUAUCAACUCCAGGUCUUCCCCGACGCGGGACAUUUUAUACAAGAAGAUCAGCCCACCAGGACAGCGCAGAUCCUGGUCGACUUUUAUAGACGAAAUGAUCGGAGUGCGCUUGUUCUGCCACCAAAGGUAGCUGAUAUGCAGGCUUCGGCGGCGAUGAGAAAGGGAGCAGGCACCAGUGCGCCACUUGGGAAACCGGAAGGCGGGAGUACAGGCUCCCUAAAGAGGCCUUAA